AUGAAACGCGAACGAUUCCCCUCACCCAUGCCCGAAUACUCUGCCAUUCACCCAAACAAGCGUCGAUUCGUAUCGACCCCUAACAGAAACGGCGAAAGAAUAUGUUCCAGGUUGGCGGGCAGACGCACCGGAACGCAGCGUCGACACAUACCCUCCCUGAAGAGGUCUAGAGUGGCUCUUCAGGACUACAAGGCACUGCUAGCUCUGUUAAGUCUUACCAUAGAGGACAAAACACAAGUAGAAGUGCCUGGAUAUGUCCUACUAGAUACAGAAGAUAGUAUGGGAAUCAGCGACCCUGAACCCUCAUCAAACACUCCUGCAUCCCCGAAUCCUGUCGAAGCGGAGCACCCUACGCUGUUCUCGUUACAUAAAAGGAUCAGAGGUUUCUAUGAAGAACGAGCGAAAAGAAAGCAAAAGAAUGAGACCAUGCAUGAGGAAACAGAUCCCGAUAUCCCUAUGAGUACUGCUUGA